UGUAAUAUUAUUUGAAGCGCACGUGCUUGUUGUCAUUUCAAAAUCUUAUUUUUUACGGACCUGGCAACCUUUGCACCGGAAUUGACGCGCGCACGCUCGAACAGUAUGGCGGACGAAGCUGAGCAGCAACCAUCCACCAACACAGUUGAGGAACCGCUUGAUCUAAUCAGGCUCAGUCUGGAUGAGCGGAUCUACGUAAAAAUGAGGAAUGACCGGGAGCUCCGCGGCCGCCUCCAUGCGUAUGAUCAGCAUCUUAACAUGAUCCUGGGAGACGUGGAAGAGACGGUGACCACGGUGGAGAUCGAUGAAGAAACAUACGAAGAACUCUACAAGUCUACAAAGCGGAACAUACCCAUGCUGUUCGUCAGAGGAGAUGGCGUGGUCCUCGUAGCCCCGCCCCUCAGAGUGGGUUAGCCUGCCAACUUCACUGUGAGAGCUUCUGACAGAGAAGCUGCAGCUGUCACGAUGCACUGAAACAGUGUUUGAAUUCAGUCAUUUUAUUUCCUUCUUUCAAAGACAGUAUUCAGUUUUUAGUUACCAAAAAAAAAAAA